CAGAAAUAUAAAUCUUCUUCUUCAGAUUUAGCAUUAUUUUGAAUUAAAAUUUUGAAAAAUUAUUAAUAUUACUCAAGAAAAUGUCUAGUGACAUUAUUGGUAUGAUUGUGAGAUUCGAUACUGGCUGAUUAGGAAUUUCAAUAAAGCUCAUUGGGUUUAAGAAUUUCCCACUGUGACUUGUAACGCUUCUUCGCUACCAGUGCUAUCAAUGCUAUCAGUAUUAUCAAACGGUAUUGAUGCUCGCGAUAUUUCAGUUUUCUGCGAGUAGCUUAUUGAACUUGGACGCCUCUUCUGAUUCACAGGAGUAGCUCGCGACAUUCUGUUAUCGCGAAUGAGUGUCGUUAUCGAUAUCUGUUAGGAAAUGAGUAAAAGCAAUGAUAAAUUACGCAUUCAUUCCUAGGCAUUCCUGCCCACGUGAGAGACGUGUGUCUCUCUCUUGCGAGAGGUGAGAGCGCGGAGGAGGGCCCCGCCGCGGAUGGGCCCCCAUGAGACACUCAGAGAGAGGGGGAGGGGGAGGGAGAGAGGAAGAGAGGGAUGGAGAAAGAAAAAAAGAGAGACACAGGUCGCUGUACACGUGUGUACACACAUCCGUGGUCGCGGUUGCUCUGGAGGGGUUUAUCAGCAUUCAGCAUUGCUUAGCUGGCACCGCGUUACCACCGCUUUGCCUCACCUCGCUCCCGACGAUAUCGCUUAGUGCUCAUUUAACUGACCGGCCGUCCCGCACCUGUUGAACGAACGGUGCCGGAUCAUCGAUACUGCCACUGAUAACGUAGGACCGGCGGGCCGGAAGUCGGGAGAGACCGAAUUGUCUGGCGGUUCUCCACGUGUUCCUCUCUCUUCCAUCUCCCUUCUCUUUCUCCCUAUCUGCCUCUCGAGCUAUUCUUCCCUCAUCGCAAUCCUACUUGUCAUUUUCUACCGUCCAUAUCCUAUUCGUCGUCAUCAUCGUCAUCGUAGAUCAACGACUAUCGUGCAAGAGGGAUUCCUUAGCGAAUUGGAGGGAAAUCCUUUGUCGCGGCCGAUCGCGGUCGCGGAUUCACGAUAAGCGUCUAUUUUAGCAUCUCAGGUGUUCUACGAUGUCAUCGUUGCUGCGGCAGAUACGGCAGAACAAUCGCGAUAACGCGCUGAUAUCGGUAUCUUGAGCAAGCGCGACGCAUCUCAGGUGGACGACAUUGCGCGCGAGGUAUGACAAGACGACCGUACACGGAUUCGGCUGGUUGAUUCAUGCCCACGAUGGUGACUCUCGAGGAAUUGACGCUAUAUUUUUACAUUGCAUGCGGCGUUGCCGCCGGCCUGCUUGUCGUGCUUCUCAUUUUGGUGAUCGCGCUAUUCGUGAGAGUGAACCGAUUAGCCGCGGACGGGUCGAACCAACUGAAUACGCAGACGAAUAUGAUGGCGGACUUUUGUUACACCAACCCCACGAUUGUGCCAGGGGAAUUACUCUCUCGGCGUGGCUUCUCCAUGUACAGCGGGGCAGACAAUUUCGACGAGGAGUUCGGCAAGAACAAGAAUCACUAUGGGACUUAUCACGAGGCUCGAUCAAAAUUCUGACGCAUCUAAACUGGGACGAUCAACCUCACGCCACAAUCAAUCGAGUCAGUUUAAUCGAUAGUUUGAUCGGUCGGCACUGAUUGAUUCCAACUAUCGAUCAAAUCAAACGGAGAUUAAGUAAUCGAAGGCAUUAGCUCUUAAGUUAGUCAUCUCCUAAUUAUUAUUAGUAUUAUUGUUUACUCCUUAAUGUAUAGUACUCCGUUGCAUAACUAGCUGCAAAACACGUACACAAUUAAGCGCGCAAUUAUUAAUUGUCGAUUCUUAAUUCUUCAUUGACUUCAUGUAAAUAUCAGAUGUCUAUUAUAUUAAGGUAAGAUUUAAUAUCGAAUACAUGUCACAUGAAGAAUUCUCACGUGCCGAAAAUUUUCAUAGUAUUUUGCUGCGACGUAAGGUUUACGUCUACAAUAUUAUAGCUAGACAUAUAGUAAUUAAUUUUUCUCAUUUUGCAAGCAAAAGUAAACGUAAUUGAUUUUUAAUUCAUUUAUUUUUGCUUGUCCGCAACAGCUUUGAAUAUUUAAUAUUUUUGAACUGUCGUAAAAAUAUAAUAGAAAAAUAAUAAUUUUGGAUCGUGAGAAAUAAUUUCGAUGUGAAUGAGAGAUCAUUUGUUAUUGCACAUCUUUAAUAAUACGUGUUACGUAAUUUCGAGUACUGUCUGCUUUAUCGGCCACUCGAGUGGCCGACAAAGCCGGAGGUUUAUCAGAGAAUGUCUAGAUGUCUCGUAGAUGUGUGUUUUACGUCGCAGGGAAAAUUACUUUUCUGCUCCAAGCAGCUUGACGCACUUCUCUAUACAAGGAAAACAAAUGUAUGAGACGUACAAUUAUUCUCGUGCAUUUAUCGAUACGUUAUACUAAUAAUACUUUUUUUAAUUAGAUGUAAAGGAGAUAAUGCGCCAGACUUUGUGAAAUGUACUAGUCGAUUUAGUGUUUGAUUAAUCAAUAACACGCGUUACAUUUUGAUCCUCGAAUAUCUAUGUACACACAAAGAUCAUGAUGUAAUUAAUGUGCAGUACCAAAGAUAAUUGAUUAACAAAUAUGUUAUAUGUACUGAAAAAUAAUUAAUUAUUUGCGUGAUAAGGUUGCUACUGUACGAGUUAAAUUAAUUGUUAAAUCGUAAAUAAGAAGAGUUUAAAAGAGCUCUAGGCAUUAUAAAGAGAUUUUUUAUUUGAAUUAUUACUCACCUACAUAAUAUUAUGACAGAAUCUUUAUAAAUCUUUUAAGUGAUAUAUAAAUAACGAUUAAUAUUAAUAUAUACUUAAAUGAUAAAAUAACUGAUUAUUUUCCAGUACAUACGUCGAGCAUAUUAUUCUUAUAUAUCACGUAUUGUCCAUUAGUGUUAUUAAUUUAAUUACAAUAUUUUUCUUGCCAUGAGCAAGUUUCACCUCAUUAUUUAAGAUGGAGACAACCUUGAUUCUACCCUGAAUUAAUCGCCAUGAGAAAAUAGAUCGUUAUAGGUUGGUAUGUUGUAGUAUUCCGGCAAAGCCCCAUCACGAAAACCAUUCGUCCUGAAUCCCCGUAAAUCCCGAAUCAAUUUCACCGUGCGCGCGUUAUUAAUUCGUACAUUAUAAUCGACGUAAACGAUUCUUACUUCCGCGCAACAGGUGUUUCGAUUCAAGACCAAAUGUAUGAACAAACGUAUGAAACGUAUUUUGCGCCAUACAAAGUUCUCAAAAAACUAUCUUUCCCCGAAAACAAUGAUACUUCAACGUAGAUACCGAGUGCCGACACCUUAUCCCGUACAGAACGAGCAUGCUUGUGGUCCCGCAGCUUGGCCAUGGUGGAAGUGGUGGUACUUAGUCGUCGCUUCCGGUAGCGGAAGUAGCGGAGUCGCCGGUGACCGGCGGCGCCGGUAGUGUGCAGGCAAUGGCGCGAGGAUAGGCCGUAAUUGGCAUAAAAUCAUCGAGCAAACACAUCGGACAAGACAGCCCGGGGAUUGUGGGCGGCGUUGCGUGCCGUCGUCCUGGUUACCACCGGGGGUGACUCCACUAAAACGGUCCCUUCGCCCCCGAUUGCGCGCAGGUCCGUCGCCGAUACGUACGUCUAUAUAUACGUGCCUGGUGCGCGUAUGUAUGUGUGUGUGUGACUCGUAUGUACAUGCCGGUCACGCCGACGUGCAAAGGGCCGCCCUUGCCUUUCCUCAGCUACACUUUCAGGGCGCAGAUUUAGCGCUACCAGGUCUCAAGGAUCACCUCCAACCAGCACGAUCUUCGCCACGCGCGCUAAUCCGUCUCGAUGGAAUUAUCGCUCCCGCGUGCAACUUUUGCGUAUUAUUCGCGCGAUGCAGCAUCCUCGGGCUGGUUUAUUCGUUGGUGAUAAGCGUGGCUUUUAGCAUGGCUUGAUAAAUGAACUGCGAUAGGGAUAGGAUAAGGAAGAUCUGGAAGAAAGAAUUCGAAAAUUGUUGUUACUAAGCGAGUGAGCCGUAAUGGUUCUUCCGGUAUUCAUCAGGGGAUGAUGCGAACGUUUAGAACCAUGUGUUCCUAUAUAACGUGCUCUUACAUUUAUUUUAUGUGCACCUGUAAAUAUUGUAUUGGAAUGAACGAUGCCAAACUCUGCAUUAAGAAUUAAAACUUCAAAACAAUUAAUAAAAAAAAGUUUUGCGCUACCGGAAGGUUCGUGCAGGUUUUCAGACGCAAAACUUUGUAUUCUUGAUGCAGAAUUUUGCGUUUGAAUUUUAAGGGGAUCGACUUUCCGUUCUAAUAUAAUAUAUCUCUGAUAUUCCGCACGGUAACUUUCGAUUAUUUCUCCGAGCUACCUCCGAACCAGGUCUGAUUUACCGCGGUUUGCGUUACUCCCCCUCGGCUAAAUCUCUGUAAUCCGCAUCUUAAUGAUGAGCAAAUACCACGCCCCGCGAUACAAAUGUUUCUACAGCACACGCAACCUGUCAAGUGUUUAGUUUAGUUAAAUCCCCAGCCACCCCAAAUCCGCGUUUAUAUCCCUAAUCGUCAGGAAUAAUAGUCGUGCGGUAUAACCCUCGGUUCAAGCGAUGCAUAUGUUGCUCUAUAUGGUGCCACGUGUAAUCCGCAAUGUUAUUCUUCAUGUAGAUAUGAUCCGAGAAAAAAUCAAUCUCUCUCGCACACUUCUAUGAAAUUUUACGAUUGAUCUUGAAAGAUAAAAAUACUAGAAACAAA